AAUUAAGACAUGACACAGAGCAAAUGUGUGUACGAAAGAUUCUCUUAGCUAUAAAAAAAAAAAAAAAAAAAAAAAAAAACAUUACUGUAAAAACUCCAUUAAAACCCUUCUUCUUCUUCUUCUUCAUCGGACUCUGUUUUUUCUCCAUGGAAAUACCCUUUUUUGUUCAUCCAUUUCUUGUCCUUUUCUUUUUCUUUUUAUUAUUUCUCUUUGUAAUCUUCUUCUUCUUGAAGCCUAAUUUUCUGUGCAACUGUGAAAUUUGCCAAGCUUAUUUGGCUUCCUCUUGGUCGGAAAAUUUCUGCAACCUCUGCGAUUGGUACACCCAUCUUCUCCGGCAAUCUCCGACCAAAACCAUUCACAUCCACGUUUUGCGGAACACGAUUACGGCCAAUCCCGACAACGUCGAAUACAUUCUCAAAACCAAUUUCGAAAAUUACCCAAAAGGAAAAUCCUUCUCCUCCAUUCUUGGCGAUUUUCUCGGCCGUGGGAUUUUCAAUGUCGACGGCGAUUCAUGGCGGUUUCAAAAGAAAAUGGCCAUUCUUGAACUCGGACAACAGCCGAUUCGAUCGUAUUGCUUUGAAAUUGUUCGUCACGAAAUUGAUUCCCGGCUUCUCCCGCUUCUUUCCUCUGUUUCUGCCGCCGGCGAUGCAGUGGUGGAUUUGCAAGAUGUGUUUAGAAGAUUCGCUUUUGAUUGUAUUUGUAAAUUCUCGUUUGGGUUGGAUCCGAUGUGCUUGGAGCUGUCUCUUCCGAUGUCGGAUUUUGCUGUCGCGUUUGAUAUUGCUUCGAAGCUCUCUGCUCAACGAGCCAUGGCCGUCUCUCCGUUCAUCUGGAAAAUCAAGCGGAUGCUUAAUUUAGGUAGCGAGAGGGAAUUAAAACAAGCAAUUAAGCUAAUUAACAUUUUAGCUCAAGAAGUAAUCCGACAGCGAAGAAAAAUAGGAAUCUCCGCCGGCAGAGACCUUCUGUCUCAGUUCAUGCGGACUGUCUCCGACGAGACAUACCUACGCGACAUCGUUGUCAGCUUCCUUUUAGCCGGCCGCGACACGGUGGCCUCUGCUCUGACCAGCUUCUUCUGGGUUCUCUCAACCCAUCCCGCCGUCGCUUCCGCCGUCGAACUCGAAGCCGACAGAGUCAUCGGCGCCGGUUGUGACCCAAUAAAUUCCGACCAAAUCCGGAAACUUUAUUAUUUACAAGCGGCCAUUUUCGAGUCCAUGAGGCUCUACCCGCCGAUUCAGUUCGACUCUAAGUUUUGCAAGAAUGAUGACGUGUUGCCAGAUGGGACAUUCGUCCUACGUGGCACUCGGGUCACUUAUCAUCCAUAUGCCAUGGGACGGGUCGAGGAGAUUUGGGGUUCGGAUUGUCUUGAGUUUAAGCCGGAGCGGUGGUUGAAAGACGGCGGUUUUUGUCCGGCGAAUCCGUUUAAGUACCCGAUUUUUCAAGGUGGGUUUCGGUCUUGUGUCGGGAAGGAAAUGGCAGUUAUUGAGUUGAAAACUGUUGCUCUUUCACUCAUUCGUCAGUUUCGGUUUCGGUCGGUGACGCCGUGUGUGGCACCACCGCGAUUUUCCCCUGGCCUCACCGCCACCUUCUCCGACGGGUUUCGGGUUUACGUCGACGAGAAGGAGAAAAAAUCGAAAUAAAUUAUGAAAAUUGCUGUAUGUUGAGAUCGUUUUGGACCAUGAUCGUAUAAAAGUUACAAAUUUAUAUUUCCAUA